AUCCGUCUGUGUUUCCCUGUUCCCGUCUUUCUCCCCUCGUUUCAUUUGCGCUUCUUCGCACCUCAAAGUUGUCCUUGUCUUGUCUUUGCGCUUUGAGCCGCGUACCUACAGAGUGCGAUUUGGAGAGCUGUUGAGUGUGUUCUGCGAGCUGUCAGGUCGUCUAUAGAAGGUGCUAUAAGCUUCCGCGCAAGGUGCUACCGGGACGUACUUCCCACGACCUACCUUUGGCCUGCUCUUCAGGAUACUUCAUCAUACAUCAAUGGCGCAUCCGCAAACCUCAACCGGCGCCUCGCGUGUCGGCCUUUUACAAUUGCUCAUUCUUGCAAUUACAUUCUGCGCAAAUCGCGCAGCAGCAGACAACAUAUACGCCCCAUUCUCGGGUGCGAUCUACAUCAUCGGCGCAGACGGCUACCAGAUAACCGGAGCCUCUCCUGCCGUCUGCCCCAACUAUGCCUCAGAGAGUUGCAAUAGCAUCGGCUACUGGAACUGGUGUUGUCCUGCCGGACAUACAUGCUCCUACCUCAGCAACUCCAACGUCGUCGGAUGCUGCCCCGCCGGGUCGUCCUGUUCAGGCGGCGUUGCCCCUGGCAGUAUCACCACUGUCACCGUCACCGUGUACAACACGGCCACGACGACGGUCGUGCAGAACAUUGCCCCGGCCUAUGUCGCUCCGACCACGACUCAAGUCGUUCCACAGUGGGGUGGCUAUUGCGCAACAAUCACGGCCAACGGACCGGAUUUACCGACGACAAGAGCGGGCGAUUGUGGGACCAUAUUAGUGAUCAAUGAAGGCGUUGGUAAGAAUGUGGGAAAGCGGAUAGCUGUGUUGGUAGGGCUGAUGCAUUUGCUUGGGUGGGGAUGAUAGCGGCGUUUAGGUGAAUGCACUGUUCUGAUUACAAUCCAGUCCUUUUUAGCGUUGGCUGGUUACAACGUUUUUCUCAUAACGGUAAAGGUGUGCAAACGGCCAUGCAAAACCUAGCCGGCUAUACCGAUCAACACCUUUUUGGCUGUCGGAAAUUGCUGACUAUCAAACGUUGUAACCAGUCUUGACUGUAGGCGUUUGGAUAUUUCGGAACGGGAACUUACGAUUUACGAGUGUCAAGCAUAUUCCUUUUAGAAGAAAAGACGAGUUGUUCUGGUAUGAAAGACACGACAACCAAGGAAAAAUGGGACCAACGAAUAUCAAUUCACUAG